GCGCUUUAUUAUUUUAUUAAAAAAAAAUAGUUUGUUUUCCUUAAUUUUAUUAUUAUUAUUACUAUUAUUUCUUUCAUUCUUUCCUUUCUUUUUUUUAUUGUGUAUUCUCUAAAUGAGAAGAACAAAUAGUAUAGCUAGCAUGUCAGGAGAGAUUGAACAUGUAGUUACCAAACUAUUACGAACUACAAAAGCUUUAUUAGAGGCAUUAACUCAAUGGUCUCUAAUGCGUACAUCAAAUACAGAAAUAUUUGAAAUUCAUGACACAUUGGAGAAACAGUUCUUUUUAGUUUCACAAGCUUUUGAAGAAGCAAGUAUUCCAAUGAGUGAUUUACAAUGGAUUCCUCGACAGUUAAGGGAUGCAGUUUCAGCUGCCAUGUUAGAACAGCCUUCACCUGCAACAUUAGAUCAACAUUUACCUCGUAUUCGAGAAGUUAUUGUUCAUUUAUUACAUGGAUUAAAAGCUAAGCAGGCAGCACUUAGAGAAAAAGAGCGAGAAAGAGAAUCGCGUGGAUCAAUUCGCUCGAAUAAUACAGAGUCUUGGAAUAAAGAAGUACCCUUGGCCGCUUUAAAUCGGGGUAGUAGCAGUAGUAGUAAUAGUAACAUGAGUGGCUCACAACGAAUGAUGAUGAAUAAUCAACAACAACAACAACAUGGAUUGCCUAUGCCACCUUACCCACCUCUUUCACCUAAAAUGGGAGCAACUGAAUAUGAACCUUGGUCAGGUGGUAUGCCACGACCUACUAUACCAUCUAAUGAUCUAUCAGCAAGAAUCAUGCCUCGUACUGGGUCCAUGAAUCGUCCUUAUUCACCAACUCAACAGCAACAGUCAAGUCCUUUACCUACUCGAUCUUCCUCUUCAACUCGAAAUAAUAAUAUACCACAAAGAAUGCCUUCUCCACCACCUCCACCACCUCCUUUACCUCCUGCUACUAUCAUCUCUCCACGACCUGAGCCUCAAUCUCAGUUUGAUGAAAAUGAUCCAAAUACUGCAAAUGCAUUAGCAGCUCUUAAACGUCAGGAAAAUUUAGCUCGUCGUUCAUCUGUUCGUCGUGCGUCCAUGUUUAGAGGAGGUAGUAGUGGGGAUUACAACAGUACAGGUAGUAUUUCAAGAGGUAAAGGAAAUUUAUCUUUAUCAAAUUAUGGUGGAAGUCAACAACAAACCAACAGUAUACCACCAGUACCUUCUUUACCUGCUCAUCAUUUACCAAUAAAAAAUGUUGAUUAUAGUGCCUCAGGCCCAAAUCAAUCAAAUAAUGAUGUGAAUGGUAUCAAAUUAAAUACAGUUAAUGAAGGAAAUGAACAAAUCAGAGAGGAAGAAAAUCAAGAUUUAACCUUGUUCCUUCAGAUUGGUAAAGAAGUACAAAAAGUAAGAUAUAAUGGAGAGAUCAGUAUUCCUGCUUUAAAUAUGCUGUUCCUUGAAAGGUUUAGUUACUCUAUUCGACAAGAUGAUUUCUCUAAAAUUUAUAUCCGGGAUCCAAUGAUAGGUGUAUAUUAUGAAUUACAAGAUUUGUCUGAAGUUCAAGAUAAGUCUGUAUUGUCUUUUAAUAUUAAUGAGCAUGAAGAGCAAAAAAAGGUUCAAAAGGAAUGGUUAUCAGAAAUAACGACUACAUUCAAUAAAGAGUUAAAGGAAACGCGUCGUCAAUUUGCUGAGCAAAUAGAUGCAUUAAAGAAAGAAAUGGUUGAAUCUAUUUCAAAAAAUCAGACGAUGGAAGAAGAAAAGGAGAAAAAAUUGAUUCAACAAUUAACGGCACAAUUUUUAUCGGCUCAAGAAAAAGUUAAGCAAGAAGUUACUAAAGAGGAAGAUGAUAAUGACAACGACAACGACGAUAAAGAUAAAAUAGAAAAUGAAGCAAAAGUAGAAGAUGCGCCAUUAACAAGACAUAUUGCAAUGGAACAACUUGAGGCUCAACGUAUAGAAAUCGAAACACUACGUAGAGAUAUUGCUAUACUUCGACAGCUGGAUAGAGAGAUGCGAGAAGAAACGUUAGAUGUAAUUGCAAAAAUGAAAGAAAAAGUACAAGAAGAAAAUGAGAAGAAGCGAAAAGCUGAAGAAGAAGAAAAAAAUAACACAACAAAGUAUACAUCAAAGGCUCGUGCUGAAUUAGAAGAAGGGAAAAAGACGUUAUUAGAAAAAUCGGAUCAAGUAACAAAUCGACUUGAAGAUUUACAAGAUACAAUUGACCAACUUAAACUUGAUGUUACACAACGUAAAUGCCGCCCCUCUGAGGCACAAAUGACACACUGUGCCAAUGAACGUAAGGCGCUUGCGCAGGAGAUUGAAGACUUUGGUAAAUUUAUUGCUCAAGUAAAACCACGCUGGAAGAAAACGUGGGAACAUGAGCUACAGACGAUUGUGAAAGAACAACAAACGCUAAAGGACCAAGAAUAUCUUUUAUCCGAUAUGAAAGAUGAUUUAGAUGCUCUUUUAGAGGUCUUUGAACAGUUGGAAAAGAUUUAUGCUUACCAAGCACAGGCUCGACCUCAGGCACGCGAAUUUCGUGUAGCACCCCCCGAAGAAGGAUUUGAAGGAAUGACAAGUGUUCUAAAGCAAGUAGCCACGAUCGAUGUUGAUCAUUCACGUCGUUUACGUGCUUUAGAGCAAGCAGACAAGAUGAGACAGAGAGAAUUAGCAAAUCGUAUUGAUGAAUUUGAGAAGGAAUUAGUUGGUUUUGUAGAUGCUAAAAAAUUGAAAAAGACAGGUGGUGCUUUAGAGAUUGAUCGAUUACGUAAACAAAAGGACGAAGAAAUAUUGAAAGCCAUGUAUGCUGAAAAGAAAAGGACAGCAGAGGAAUCAACCAGUAAUAACGAAUCUUUAUCUGAGGAGCAAUUAAAUUCAGAAUCAAAAGAAGAAGAAGAACCAACUACGAAUGUAGCAGAAAAUGAAUCAGAAUAAUAACAACGGAUAACUACGGGAAUCAUUAUAUCUUUUAAUUGUAUUUCAUAUUAUACAUGCUUUCUUACAUAAAUGUCUAUUCCAUCAUAAAUAAUAAUAAU